GCUCGGCCCACUGGGCGGCUCUGCUGGGGGAUGGGAGAGCCUCGAGAGCCCAUGUAAGCUCCUUUGGGUCCCUCUGUGGAGAGGACGGACGCAUGUGUGCUUGCCCGGGGCCACGUUGGCCGAGCAACUGAAAGGUCAGUGCUUGAAAUGUGGGGCUCAGGUUCCUAAUUUAGGGAAAUCUAUACAGAAAAAAGCUGCUUUGCCAGCUGUAAGACAGGCUGCCCAAGACACCACCCCACCCCGGGCGGUCAGGGGGUCGUGUGCACCCUGCCUACAGGUGGUGGUGCAGGCCCCCCCUGCUCUGUGUGCUCUGGGCUGGUGCAGGAGAGUUUGGCCUGAGUCUCGGACUUAGAAAGGUGAGUAGAGCACCUUGGCUAGGUUGCUGAGAGUAGAAGCCCAAGGUAGUUCCCAAGGGGAGCUGCAAAGAGAGAGCAGCUUUCCUGGCCACCCGGGGGGAUGACAGAAUCUCCACGGCUGGCAGAAGCCACAGCCUUGUCUCGUGUGUCAGGGACCUUUCAGCGAUGCCCUGGACGGAGCAUGGCAUGUGCAGAACCGCCUGUGUGUGGGCGGGAGAGCGUGUCCCUCCUUUGGGGUCCAGUCAGGCUCUACCUUCCCGGGGCCGUAAACGGCAGAUGAGGCAUGCGGAUCACAUGGAGGCCUCCCUGGGAGAUGCUGUCGGGCUCCAAGGAGCGGCCGUGCCCGAGAGAACUGGACGGGCCUGGCCUGUCUGUCCUGGUGAGUCUGCAGUCACCCUCAAGAGCGUGGCCCGCAUGUCCUUUGCAGAUGAAGUGCGCACGGGGACCUACAGGCAGCUCUUCCACCCGGAGCAGCUGAUCACCGGGAAGGAAGACGCAGCCAACAAUUACGCCAGAGGCCACUACACCAUCGGCAAGGAGAUUGUCGACCUGGUGCUGGAUCGGAUCCGCAAACUGGCGGACCUGUGCACGGGGCUGCAGGGCUUCCUCAUCUUCCACAGCUUUGGGGGCGGCACCGGCUCGGGCUUCGCAUCUCUGCUCAUGGAGCGGCUCUCGGUGGACUACGGCAAGAAGUCCAAGCUGGAGUUCGCCAUUUACCCGGCCCCCCAGGUCUCCACGGCCGUGGUGGAGCCCUACAACUCCAUCCUGACCACGCACACGACCCUGGAGCACUCGGACUGCGCCUUCAUGGUGGACAACGAGGCCAUCUACGACAUCUGUCGGCGCAACCUGGACAUCGAGCGGCCCACCUACACCAACCUCAAUCGUCUGAUCGGGCAGAUCGUGUCCUCCAUCACAGCCUCCCUGCGCUUCGACGGGGCCCUCAACGUGGACCUGACGGAGUUCCAGACCAACCUGGUCCCCUACCCCCGCAUCCACUUCCCCCUGGCCACCUACGCCCCGGUCAUCUCGGCCGAGAAGGCCUACCACGAGCAGCUGUCUGUGGCCGAGAUCACCAACGCCUGCUUCGAGCCGGCCAACCAGAUGGUCAAGUGUGACCCUCGCCACGGCAAGUACAUGGCCUGCUGCAUGCUGUACAGGGGAGACGUGGUCCCCAAAGACGUCAACGCGGCCAUCGCCACCAUCAAGACCAAGCGCACCAUCCAGUUUGUGGACUGGUGCCCGACUGGGUUCAAGGUAGGCAUCAACUACCAGCCCCCCACGGUGGUCCCAGGGGGAGACCUGGCCAAGGUGCAGCGGGCCGUGUGCAUGCUGAGCAACACCACGGCCAUCGCCGAGGCCUGGGCCCGCCUGGACCACAAGUUCGACCUCAUGUAUGCCAAGCGUGCCUUCGUGCACUGGUACGUGGGGGAAGGCAUGGAAGAGGGCGAGUUCUCGGAGGCCAGGGAGGACCUGGCGGCUCUGGAGAAAGAUUACGAAGAGGUGGGCGUGGACUCGGUAGAAGCAGAGGCUGAGGAGGGGGAGGAGUACUGAGUGGGAAGGCAAGGUGUGGCCCCCCCUUUCACCCUGCGCUGUAACGUUCCAGAUGUGUUUACCUAUUAAAGUUUCUGAAUUAAA